AAUAAGGGUGGUGUCAGACUUGCCUCAAACCAGGGAAGAGGAAGAACCUCCACGGCUACCCAACGAUACGACUCGACCACCGUCACCACCAGAGAGUAUUUGUCCUUUCUUCUCUGUAUCAAGUUGCUGUGACCAGGAACAGGACCAGCCAGGUAUAGCAACUUGAAGUUACUCGUCGUCAGCAGCGUCACCAACCAGAGAGACAUACACACAAGGAAGAAUACCGUGUAGAACCUUCGUCAGGAUGAAGAUACAAUACCUAAAGAACCGCUACGACCACCCUACAGGUGAUGCAGACCCCCACCAGGAGAUACUGAAUACAAUAACAACAACUAGAAAGUCCCCCACAAGACUACUGCCAGGUCGUAUAAGCCUUGUUAGCUGCAGCAGUAGUGACAGUAACAGUGGCAAUGACAACAACAGUGACAACAACAACAACAACAUUACCAGCACAGAAGAAGGCGGUCACAACACCCGCAGGAGGAGGAAGUACAGCAAGAAAGACAUGAUACGGGAGGGGAUAAUACAAGGUCUUCUGAUGCACUUGUCUGUGAACAGCUCGUGGGCAGGUUCACAGACCACCUACCUAACGGACAAUAUGGAGAGGAAAAAUCCGUUAUAUCAAGGGUCCGUUAGAAAUGAAACCCAAAUAUAACGGAUUAUAUGGAGAAAGAAGCCCGUUAUA